AUUACAGUGGGCGUUUGGAAAGCAGGCUCUGAACAUUAUCCACAGAGAAAGGGGGUGGAGGGUAGGGAGUGGAGAGAGGCACAAGCUGCUGCGAGAGGAGCCCGGCGAUUGCGCGCUGCUGCGAAGUGUUUUGCAGCCUAGGGGGACGCGCACGCACACUCCCUCGUUGGCGCUCUAGUGCACAGGGCUCUUCCUUGCAAAGUUUCGCCUGCCAUCAUACGCCAGGAUUUUCCUGCUCCGCUCCGCUCCUGCAACCUUGAACUUUGGCAACGUGGUUGACAGUACCGUGGUGUAUCAACCCGCUAACAGCUUCGCCAAAGCAAUUGAAAAUCGGGGAGAAGGGGGAAAAAAGGCAACGCGAAGGAGGAAAAAAGUCCUGCUCCCCCCUUAACUCCCUGCAUUCCAUUCACUCCCCCGUUCCUCCUCCUCCUCCUCCCGCCCCAAUCCACCAACAGCAACUGGAAAGCAGCAAGACAGCCGCCGAGAACAAGAGGGUUAAAAGUGUAGAUUGGAUUUCACCCCGGGAAAUCUAGCGCUCGGAGUGAACUUGAAUCUUUGGCUAUUUAAGGAGGACUUGGGUUUGUUGCGAAGUUGUGGAGAUCCGAGGCAGAGCUCGCUCCUGAUUAGAUUCAUCUUUUCUUUAGCCUCCGAUGACUGUAAAAUGAAUAGAUGAAACCGUUGCUCUUUUGAUACUUUUCUCUCCGCAAGAAGUGCAUUCUCAGAGCGAAGUCAUGAUGUAUUCUCCCAUCUGUCUCACUCAGGAUGAAUUUCACCCAUUCAUCGAAGCACUUCUUCCGCAUGUCCGUGCAAUUGCCUAUACUUGGUUCAACCUUCAGGCUCGAAAACGCAAGUACUUUAAAAAACAUGAAAAGCGAAUGUCAAAGGAUGAGGAAAGAGCAGUUAAGGAUGAGCUACUUAGUGAAAAGCCUGAAAUUAAACAGAAGUGGGCAUCCAGGCUUCUAGCCAAGCUGCGCAAAGAUAUCCGCCAAGAGUAUCGGGAGGAUUUUGUGCUCACUGUUACUGGGAAGAAGCACCCAUGCUGUGUAUUGUCCAAUCCUGACCAGAAGGGUAAGAUUAGGAGAAUCGACUGCCUACGGCAGGCAGACAAAGUCUGGCGUCUGGAUCUAGUCAUGGUGAUCCUCUUCAAAGGUAUCCCCUUGGAAAGUACGGAUGGAGAACGGCUCAUGAAAUCCCCUCACUGCACAAAUCCAGCACUUUGUGUUCAGCCACAUCACAUAACAGUAUCAGUCAAGGAGCUUGAUUUGUUUCUGGCAUACUAUGUGCAGGAUCAAGAUUCUGGACAAUCAGGAAGUCCAAGCCACAAUGAUCCUGCCAAGAAUCCACCAGUGUAUCUUGAGGAUAGUUUUGUAAAAUCUGGCGUCUUCAAUGUAUCAGAACUGGUGCGGGUGUCUAGAACACCUAUAACCCAGGGAGCUGGUGUAAACUUCCCCAUUGGAGAACUUCCAAGUCAACCAUACUAUCAUGAUAUGAACUCGGGUGUAAACUUACAGAGAUCACUAUCUUCCCCACCAACCAGUAAGAGACCCAAAACUAUAUCCAUAGAUGAGAAUAUGGAACCAAGCCCAACAGGGGACUUUUAUCCUUCCCCAAAUUCACCAGCUGCUGGGAGUAGAACAUGGCAUGAAAGAGAUCAAGAUAUGUCUUCCCCUACAAUGAAGAAACCUGAAAAGCCUUUGUUUAGCACUACAUCUCCCCAGGAUUCUUCACCAAGACUGACCACUUUUCAGCAUCAUCAUCCAGGGAUCCCAGGAGUUGCACACAGUGUCAUCUCAACUAGAACUCCACCUCCACCUUCACCAUUGCCAUUUCCACCACAAGCAAUUCUCCCUCCUGCCCCAUCUAGCUACUUCUCUCACCCAACAAUCCGAUAUCCUCCUCACCUGAAUCCUCAGGAUACUCUGAAGAAUUAUUCUUAUGACCCGUCCAGUCCACAAACCAGCCAGCCUAACAGCAGUGGUCAAGUAGUAGGGAAAAUGCCUGGCCAUUUUACUCCAGUUUUGGCACCCUCUCCCCAUCACAGUGCGGUGCGACCUGUGACCCUGACCAUGACAGAUACUAAACCCAUCACUACAUCCACUGAAGGUGAGGCAUCUUCACCUACAGCAACCACCUACACAGCCUCAGGCACAUCCCAAGCCAAUCGAUAUGUGGGACUAAGUCCAAGAGACCCUUCCUUCCUACACCAGCAACAGCUGAGGAUUUGUGACUGGACCAUGAAUCAAAACGGCAGGCAUUUAUACCCCAGUGCCAAUGAGGAUACAUUGGGAAUUACUUGGCAAAGUCCUGGUACCUGGGCUAGCUUGGUCCCUUUUCAAGUAUCAAACAGGACACCAAUCCUGCCCACAAAUGUCCAAAAUUAUGGUUUGAACCUAAUUGGAGAACCUUUCCUUCAAGCAGAAACAAGCAACUGAGGGAGAUCGAAACUGAACAAAAUGUUAUAAAAGAAAGGAAGACGGGACAAAAAAAAUGAAGAAAGAAGAAACAUAGACCAGCAAUUGCAGCACUUACAAUCACUAAUUCCCUUAAGGUUGAAACUGUAAUGGUGUUUUUUUUUUUUUUUUUAAAGAAGACGAAGAAGAAGGGUCGACAAUAUUUCACUGAAGAGUAGAAAGAUGCUCCUCUUAAGUAGCCUUUGUUCUAUGAAAUCCACUGGGAAAUAGAUGUUCUGUCUCUGACAAUAUAUUUUGACUGACUUUCUAGAUGCCUUAAUAUUUGCAUGAUAAGCUAGUUUAUCGGUUUAGUAUUCUUGUUGUUUACGCAUGGGAUCACUAUUCCUAGUUAGCUCUCAAAACAAAGGCUAGGAGGCAUCCACAGAGCUGCAUAAGAAAGAGGGCCAUGGGCCAGCUUUUCACAGCACUCUGGUUUUGAAAUAUUUUUAAGGAAACAACAACAGCAAAUCAAUUUAAUCUUUAGUUAUCAACCCAAAUUUAUUUAACUUUGGCCCUUAACCCAACCUUUUCCUUGUGUGUUACCCAGUUUAAAUUUUUCAGGAAAUCAUUUAAACAAACAGGCAUGUUAAAGAAUCAAUGCCUCACUUUAGGUUUAAAAGAAGUGUUAUCUUCUCAUAUGACAGUAAAAACAAAAAGAGAAAGACACUAAAAAUAAUUUCCCCCACUGAGGAAAAACACUUAGAGGCAAGUGCAAUUUAAAAACUAUAUCUAAAGGGGAUCAUUGUUAUAAGUCCUUUAGCCCUUGGACUCUAAAUUGAGGGGAUUAAAAAGAAGAAUUUCAAAAGUAUUUCGAACAAAUUUAUUUUCCCCUCAGUUGUAAAAGGGGAGGGGCAUUAAAAGGCAUUCAUUAAAUCAAGACAGAUCAUGUACUUGAGAAAAAGAAAUUAAUUGAAACACAGCACUUAUGUUGAAUUAGCUUCUGCCUCUGUUGAGGUAUCUUAUUUAUUUAAAGUUACUGGCUGGAUCAAGAACCCAUAGAGAAUAGGAAAGGUUCUAUAAAACCUUAAUCACAGAGACGGAGAGAGGUAAAUCCAUGUCACAGGGGCAAAGCUUACAGUUUACAAAUGGGAAUGCCAGGUUGUUGGGUUGAGGGAAUUGAAAUAUAUUUUUAAAAAAUGCACUCUUUUAAAAAGCCUAAUGACAGGGUGCUGAAAACUUGCAUGGUGCUCUCAGAAAUUAGCCUUGUUUGACAGUUUUUUCGCAAUGACAGUAAUGUGCAUGGGCAGAUACAUUUUGCCUCGAUGUCUCUAUAAAAAAUUAAUUAAAACGACUCUAUCCAGUAAUCCUAAUUUGCACGAAGUUAUAAUGUCCACAUAACGUGCCUUGCCUUGAAAUCUAAAAAGUGACAUCACUACACUUGUUUUGCUGCAUUUAUUAUCAUUUUAAAUCUUUACCAUUUUUAUGACAAAAUAUUUUGUACUCCAGAUGGGAAAACAAAAAAAGUGACAUCAUGGAUUUUUUAAGCAGUAUAACUUUAUCUCACAUUUAUAAAGCAUAUCAUGGCUGUGUAUAGUUGCCGCUUAAAAAUUGUAAUCGACCAGCAAUAUUUUCAGUAUUUUGGUGUUUUUUCUAUUAAUCUUUCAUGUUUUUCAUCUUCCAAUUAAUAUUGGGGGGAGGGGAUUCAAAUUUAUACGAAUUAUGCAAUACCAAGUUUUGCCUAUGUAGGUAGUGCUUUUAGCUGUAUUGGUUAUUAUAGGUAAGUACACAGAUUUAAAAGACAAAAGAUUAAUGUAUGCUUUUUGUUUGUUUGUCUGUUUGUUUGUUUUAAUUGACCAAAGUGGGUACUGCUAUUUUUGCAGUGUGAUGAGGUCCUUUUGUGUACUAAGAGAUGGACAGGGGAUUUUUUUUUUAUACAUGCAUAUAUCUAUAUAUUCUGGGGUGGGUGGGAAGUAUUUUUAACACUUGACAGUGUAGCUGUGAAGCAGUGCACCAUUGGCUGGGUGAGGGCUACAAAGCGACUCUUCUGCCUACUGUGAUAAAAAUCUCAAAAAGGUGUCCUCUUUUUAACUUUCCACCUGGGGUGCAAGCUGAACUCAUUUCUGGUUUUAAAUAAUGAUGAUGAUGAUGAUGAUGAUAAUGAUGAUGAUGAUGAUUGAGAAAUAAAUAAAAUAAAUAAAGGAUUCUGUUGGAGGCAGACUUGGCUUGAGGAAAAAAAAAUACUCUUUUUCAAUUUGAGACAUCAAAACCCACAGAGAAUAAUAGCCCUUUUGAAUUUUGCAAAGGUAUCUCAUCCUAGGCUAUGGUAUAAAAGCAUAUUUUAAGGAACGGGGAAUCAGAUGCACAGUAUAUAUAUGCUAAUAAGAUUUUUGUCCUCUGAAGGCAUCUUAGCUCCCCCCUUGUAGAUUCAACACAAAGUUUCCAAAUACAAAAUGCCUAUGUGCUGUGUCAUUUGUGGGGGCUUUCUCUAAGAACCGCACUAUAUGCUACAGUACUCACAGGGAAAGCAGCCAGCUCUGCUUCCUUAGGACCUUGAAGAGCUCCCCACCCUGCCAACAGGAAGGGUGUCUACGUGACCCUUUCCUCCUCAGAAAGAGCUAGUGCUUGAAGCUUGUUCCACGGGGCUCUCCCCCGUGGUGCGUUCCUGGCUUUGGCAGUAAUGGAAGCAGAGAGCCAGCGCUUCAGUCCUUUCUUACCUGGCUUGCCUGUCGCAACAGUUGGGCUGUAUCAACUACCUAAGUAGAGCAGACUCUUUCCCAUGUGACUAAUUGUAAGAUGCAGCUGAAAGUGAGGAAAGGAAAACACAGGCCUUACUCUGUGUUUUUAAAAGCAAAGCCCUGUGCAGUAGUUAAUAUCCUACAUAUGGGAUAUUGUUAGGGUCACUGCAAUAUUAGUGCUCCUCUGUGUGCCGGGUGACCACACAGUGCCCAUGACCAGGGGCAGGAAAGCAAGCCCAUGUGAUUAUAAACUGCUUCCCCAAUAGAAAAACAGUGUUCAUACUGGUCUAAUGUGCAUGUUUUUCAUAGCUGGCACAGCAUUGUUCAUUUUGGCCUUGGGUACCUGUACCUGCAAACAGUAUUAAAUUGAGAGGUUGCGCAGAGACUUGUAUGCUGAGGCACAAUUUUUAUCUGCCACUGGGUUCAGCACAUGUUCGCAGGCUGGCAGUUUGAACUAUAAUAAAAUGAUGAAGAAAUGAUCCCUUCAAAUAUAUCCUCCUCGAAAACAAAAUUAUUAGGAAGAAGAGCAUUCUGAAAUUAUAAAGCCCUCAGAGCCAUGGGGAUGCUCAUGACAGGCUAUUUCAUGGGAAUCUUGAUGUUCACCAUUUUACUCUUCCACAGCUGUGCCAGGAACCACCACUGAAAUUGCCCUGAAUUUUGAAAGGCAGCUUGAUGCACAGUGUUUGUGGCUGCGUGAUCCUUUGGACUGUAGCCUUCAUCUCUAUGAGUUACCACUUGAAUAAUUACUGCUGGUCUUUGCUGCAGUCAUCUUUUUUUUCUGAAACAUCUUCAGAGUGGCAACGAACAUAAGCAGCAGCAUGGGCAUAGUCUUUCUGUAGGGCCUGCCUGGACUUCGAAUUUGGGGGCUGCAUCAACAGAACAUUUUCUAAAUGUGUUGCACCUGCAAGCCCACAUGGAAGUUCCAAAGUUGUAGGCAGAUUUUUUGAGGGUGGAGGUAAGGUUUGUUUUUAAUGAAACCAGCUAUGUGUUGGUUCUUCUUUUCUGAGUCUUAAGGCAAAUGAAUUAACUCAAAAAAUGCAUGGCUGUUGGGAAAUAACUGAAAUGUACAAGCAGCUCUCCUUGGGAAUCACUUAAUAAUGUGCAGGAAUGGACUGUGUGAUCCAAGUUGACUGGAGGACAACAUUUGUGCAGACGUUCAGCAGGAUGCUUCUAUAAUAUGGGACAGUGUGACAGGAUGAAACGAAGAUGAGUUCAGACUUUAAAGUGCAAUAGUUUAAAUGAUCCCUUGAGAGGGCAUAGUCUCACCUGAACUUUUUCAGAUAAUCCUUGUCUAUUGUGUGAAUGGAUUUCCACAGACACUUAAAUAGGGAAGACAUUCUUAUUUAUCAAGGGCUAAAUUGCUCUGUGAUUUCCCCCCCUGUGAUCCAGGCAUUCGUCUUGACCGCACUGACGUACCAGUUAAGUACUCUCAGGGCAAGAGAUCUCUGUGGGUUUUUCUGCCUUCAUUUUUAAUAUCAAGGCCCAUCAGAAUGAUACCUGCUGUUCCUAACUUUUCUCAAAGCUGAGAAUUCUAGCAUGAAACGUUGCAAACUCAAAUCUAGUCUGAACCUCCUCCUUCAUCAGGAAGUAUAUUCUGACUAAAUCGAGCCACCCCGUUCUAUGUGCACUGUUCUGCCUUUAUUCAGUUGCUUUGCAGCCCUGGCCUCUUGGCAGUGCCACUGAAGUGUGUUUUCCCCUAGAAUGACAGGAACGUUUGAGGCUUGACUAAGGAAAAAAAGGCAGUGAAGGAGACUGUACAUAAAGACAUGGCAAAAUAUUAAAUAUAGCAAUAUAGUUGUGCGUUCAGGUGGGCAGCUCCAUUUAAAAUAUGUGAAUGAACCUGUGAAGCUGCAGAUAGAGAAGAACAGAGAAUCUUCUUAAUGAACCCACCUACCUUGUAGACAGUAAUUUGUACACUGUAUAGUUUUGUUAAGAUUUUUUUUAAAGCACCCUCGUUUGUAAAGCUAAUUUUUAGCAAUUAUAAUGGAAAUGUGUGUCAUUUCCACUUUUAAAGUAAACAAGAAUAUUCCUUGUUUGGAAACUGGACUUGAGUUAAAACUCUCCAGUUUCUUAAUUUAUGUAUUAAAACAAAACAAAAAAAAUCUGUCCAUGUUAGGAGAUAUUUCACUAUGCUUGAAAAGCAUAGAUUACUAAUCCUUUUAAAAGAAAUUGUAAAUGGAGAAAAGUUAUAUUUUAUGAAGGUUAUUUUGUUGUAUUUAGUAUUGGAAAAGUUGGGUUUUGGAGCAUUUCAGAAUGUUGGAAGCACCACUGUCUUUUUUUAUUAGUAUAUAAUGGCCUUUAGCAAAAGUUUUUUGUGAUUGUUACAUGAUGGUAUUUAAGAGUAGGUCCACAGAGCAUUCACGACAGACAGAAAACUAAAACAGUACUUAUGUCUCACAUAGCUUGUGUCCUCAGGGAGCAGAAGUUUGGAUUUGCAACUAAGAGCUUCAUAAGGACUUAUUGAAUGAGAUUGCACAAGGACAUACUGAGCUUUGUCAGCGGAGUAUGACCUGUACCUAAAAAAAAUACUCUAAAUUUGUGUACUAUGUGAGAUGGUGAAGGCUGCAGAAAGUUAUCCCAUAUUCAAUGUACAGUAUUCACAAUUAAAGAAAUGAGUCUACAACGUUGCUGGCAGUAAUGCCUUAAGCAUGACAUUGAAUAUAGUUUACAUGUUUCUGUCAAGGUCUUUUGUUAACAUUUACCAGCUGCAUGCUUCCUAGGCUCUUACUUUAUUGGGUUUCUAAAGAAAAUGCUAAAAAAGAAAUACAAUGCAUUGCAGACUAAUCAUGUUGAACAGCGAAAGCUCAAAAUUGAAUGUCCUACUCCAUGCUGAAGGAGCUGAAACCUGCCUCCUUCAUAUUUGCACUUUCUGAUAGUUCCCCUGUUUUUCUAUUUCCUCAAAAUUGUGUGGGUGUGUUGGAGCACCACAGUUGGAGGAUAACAUGGACCACUGGGUUUGCCCUUUGACCCUGCACAAUGACCUUUGCAUCAGCCAAACUUAUUGCCAUGACAACUCUUGUACUGUUUCCAUGCCACAGCUCUAUUAGUCACAUUUGUUAAUAGUAAAGGGGACAAAGUAGGAGACGGUCAAUUUAUACAUUUUGUGUUGCAAUUUUUUUCUUCAAUGGUUGUAAGUAGUUUUUUUAUAUAUAUAAUAAAAGGGUUCACUAGUUA